UUCCGCUACGGCUGUACGUCUCCGAAGAUACGCUCCUUUGUUGUCGUGAGGAGUUCUUACUCCCCAAAAUCUCUCUCAGAGGUCCCCAGGCUGACCCCAAAAGCAAGCAGAAAAAGCUGCUCAAGAAAGCGGCCCUAUUUUGCAGACUCUCGCCAGCCCAGCUAACACGUAAGGCAUUCGUAGAGGAAGUGGAAGGCCAGCUUAUGGCUGAGCAUUCCUUGGCCAUGGACCCCAAUCUGGGAGAAGAUAUGCCUCCAGAUCUCCUACGACAGGUGCUGACACUGCUGGAUCCUGAGAGGAACCUGGAGGGCGCAUGGGCUUGUUGUGAGGACUGGGAGAAGGUAACUGAGGAACCCACGGAGCCUGGUAAAUACCCUUGUGGGGAAUUCGGCCCGCAGCCUCCCAAGACUCUGGUAUCAUAUCUCCGCCCAGAGUCUCCUGAGACUGAAGUGUCCCAUCUCCAUUCAGAGCCUCCCGAGACUGGAGUGUCCCAUCUCUGCCCGGAGCCACCUGAGACUGGAGUGUCCCAUCUCCGUCCAGAGCCUCCCGAGAUUGGAGUGUCUCCUCUCCUCCCGGAGCCUCCUGAGACUCGAGUGUCCCAUCUCCACCUGGAGCCUCCUGAGACAGGAGUGUCCCAUCUCCGUCCAGAGCCGCCCGAGACCGGAGUGUCCCAUCUCUGCCCGGAGCCACCUGAGACUGGAGUGUCCCAUCUCCGUCCAGAGCCUCCCGAGAUUGGAGUGUCUCCUCUCCUCCCGGAGCCUCCUGAGACUCGAGUGUCCCAUCUCCACCUGGAGCCUCCUGAGACAGGAGUGUCCCAUUUCCGUCCAGAGCCGCCCGAGACUGGAGUGUCCCAUCUCUGCCCGGAGCCACCUGAGACUGGAGUGUCCCAUCUCCGUCCAGAGCCUCCCGAGAUUGGAGUGUCUCCUCUCCUCCCGGAGUCUCCUGAGACUCGAGUGUCCCAUCUCCACCUGGAGCCUCCUGAGACAGGAGUGUUCCAUCUCCGUCCAGAGCCGCCCGAGACUGGAGUGUCCCAUCUCUGCCCGGAGCCACCUGAGACUGGAGUGUCCCAUCUCCGUCCAGAGCCUCCCGAGAUUGGAGUGUCUCAUCUCCGCCCAGAGCCUCCUGAGACUCAAGUGUCCCAUCUCCACCUGGAGCCUCCUGAGACAGGAGUGUCCCAUCUCCGUCCAGAGCCGCCCGAGACUGGAGUGUCCCAUCUCUGCCCGGAGCCACCUGAGACUGGAGUGUCCCAUCUCCGUCCAGAGCCUCCCGAGAUUGGAGUGUCUCAUCUCCGCCCGGAGCCUCCUGAGACUCGAGUGUCCCAUUUCCACCUGGAGCCUCCUGAGACAGGAGUGUUCCAUCUCCGUCCAGAGCCGCCCGAGACUCGAGGGUCCAGUUUCCUCCUGGAGCCUCCCAAGACUCGUCGGAUGUCCAGUCUCUACUCGGAGCCUCCUGAAACUUGCGUAUCUCGUCUCUGCCCAGAGCCUCCUGAGACUGGAGUGUCCCUUCUUUGCCCAGAACCUCCCAACACUCGUCGCGUGUCCCGUCUCCUACUACAGGUGCUGAAACUGCUGCAUAUUGAGAGGAAGCUGGAGGACGCAUGGGCUUGUUUUGAGGCCUGGGGGAAGGCAACCGAGAAAACCACCGAGCCUGGUAAAUACCCUUGUGGAGAACUCUGCCCGCAGCCUGCCAAGACUCAAGUAUCCGAUCUCAGCCUGGAGCCUCCCAACACUAGUAGGUUGUCCAGUCUCCACCCAGAGCCUCCUGAGACUCAUCGGGUGUUCAGUCUGUGCCCGGAGCCUCCAGAGAGUUGUCAAGUGUCCAGUGUCUGCCCGGAGCCUCCCGAGACUGGAGUGUCUCAUGUCCUCCCGGAUCCUCCCAACAGGCGUCAGGUGUCCAGUCUCCACCUGGAGUCUCCCAAGACACAGGUGUCCAGUCUCUGCUCGGAGCCUGCUAAGACUUGUCGAGUGUCCAGUCUCUGCCCGGAGCCUCCUGAGACUGGAGUGUCCUAUCUCUGCCCUGAACUUCCCAUCACUUGUCGGGUAUCCUAUCUCCUACUACAGGUGCUGAAACUGCUGGAUGCUGAGAAGAAGCUGGAGGACAUAUGGGCUUGUGGUGAAGCCUGGGAGAAGGCAACCAAGGAACCCACCGAGACCGAUGAAUACCAUUAUGAGGAAGUCCACCUGCAGCCUCCUGAGACUGGAGUGUUUCAUCUCUGCCCGGAGCCUCCCGAGACUUGUCGGGUGUCCAGUCUCCCCCUGGAGCCUCCCAAGACUCAGGGCUCCAGUCUCCACCCAGAGCAUCCCAAGUCUCAUCAGGAGUCCAGUCUCCACCCGGAGCCUCCCAAAAACUCAUCAGGUGUCCAGUCACCGCCCGGAGCCUCCUAAGACUGAAGUGUCUCGUCUCCACCCACAGCCUCCCAGAGCUCCAGAGUUCCAUCAGCUCUCGGAGCCUCCUAAGACUGAAGUGUCUCGUCUCCACCCACAGCCUCCCAGAGCUCCAGAGUUCCAUCAGCUCUCGGAGCCUCCCAAGAUUUAAGCAUCCCAUCUAGAAGAACUGCUUCAGGAAGAUACACCAAGCACAACAGAACGUGUUUCUGACUCUCUUCAACAUAGAUAUACAUUGAGAAAAUUCAGUGAGUUCUUCAAGUGGGUUUGAGACAUGGGAGUUGAUGAAGAAUGCAUCAGAAGUCUGUAUGACUUUACCUCUGAGUGCGAAGCAACCUAUCAAGGCCAACAGACUAAGAAGAUGUAAGAGUGGUCCUCAGAGCUGCAGUACAGCAUGGAGCUAGAUGAAAUGGAUGAGGUGGAGUUCUCUUUACCGCUCCGGACGCCACCGAAUUCUUAAACUGCACAGCCUGUGAAGAUGAGGCAUGGAGGAGCAUGAUACCUCAAGCCUACAUUGUGGAAAGAGCUAAGAAGUGAUGAACCUUUGAUUGACCCCAAUCUCUUACUUGAAAAUGCUGAGGAACCCAAUAUUUUUGACGAUCUUUAUGGACCAAUUGCCUUUAAAGAUUUCAUUCUAAGCAAGGGCUACAAAAUGCCUGGCGUCAUGAAAGGCUGUUUACCAGGAAGGGAUGGACUUAUAUCUCUAUUAGACUCCUCUUCAAGGCACAAUUCAAGUUUAUAAAUGCAUAGAAGACAACGCGGAGCAGAUACAUUGGAAGAAGAUUUGAUGGUUUUCAAUUGACUACUUAAUUGGGUAUUUCCUGCUCUCAUUUUAAACAUCAAUCAGA